ACUUUACUUUGGCUCCAAAAUCCCUCUUUCUCCUUUCUCAGUCGACGAUCCUAAAUCCGCUAGAUACUGGCAUCAGCUGAUGAUUCAGGUUCCUAUUUCUGAUUCGAUUCAAGCAUUUUGAUAUUUAAAGUUUCUUAGGGUUUCUCCCCUUCUCUCGGAUUCUCGGAUUUUAACUCCCUUCCACCUCUCUCAUGGCGAUGAGAGGUGUCGAUUUCAAGUGGUAUGAUGGGUUCUUCUUGUCGAUGCUUGCAACUAGUGUAAUCAUUGUGGCUAUCAAUUGGAAGAGAUAUCAAUCGUGCCAUUUCCCGUUGCAUAUAUGGAUAGUGGUCGAUUACACCACCGUGUUUAUCUUCCGCGUCUUCAUGUUUGUUGACAAUGGUCUUGCUGCUGGACUUGGCUUGGACUUUGGAAGUCAACAGCGAAACGCCGGGUUUUGUGGGAGAGUGGUGGUCCUGUCUCUCCUAUCUCUGCUGCUGUAUCCAUUUCUGUGGGCUUGGACUGUAAUCGGAACAAUCUGGUUUAGAAAAGCAAGAAGCUGUUUACCUGAAGAAGGCCAAAAGUGGGGUUUCCUCAUUUGGCUGAUGUUCAGCUACUGUGGCCUCCUCUGCAUUGCUUGCAUCUGUGUCGGAAAGUGGUUGGCGCGAAGACAAGUACACGUAUUACGUGCUCAGCAGGGAAUUCCUAUUUCAGAGUUCGGGAUUUUAGUUGACAUGAUUAGGGUACCUGACUGGGCAUUUGAAGCCGCAGGCCUAGAGAUGAGAGGCAUAAGUCAAGAUGCUGCUACAUACCACCCUGGACUCUACUUGACCCCAGCCCAGACAGAAGCUGUGGAAGCUCUUAUUCAAGAACUUCCAAAGUUCAGGUUAAAAGCUGUCCCAGAUGAUUGCGGCGAAUGCUUGAUCUGCUUAGAGGAGUUCCAUAUUGGACAUGAGGUUAGAGGUUUACCUUGCGCACAUAAUUUCCAUGUGGAGUGCAUAGACCAGUGGCUGCGUUUAAACGUGAAAUGUCCUCGGUGCCGGUGCUCGGUUUUUCCAGACCUAGAUCUCAGUGCAUUAUCAAACCUCCAGAGCUCAGAAACACAACAGGCCUCACAAGGGAACACGGAAACAACAGAAGCUCGGUACAUGAGAAGCCACCCUCAAAGCGAGAGCUACUCUUUGAGACCUCAAUCAUCUUUAAUUCACCCUGUACACACAGACAUCGCUCUGGAGACUGCAGAGAAUGGUGGGGUUCCUCCUGUCUUGGCCGAUCUAUCUCCAUCCCGGAGAUGAGAGAGUAGUGUUGAGUGUGAGUCUAUGGAAACUCUACUCAAUACUAACUCUUCACUGAUUUAAGAAGAAACAAAAAAAAAUCAUUUUGACUCGUGUUUUCCUUACCCCCACCACCCCUUGAAAAUUUUCACCUUUGACAGUCUUACGAUGUAAAUAAAUUGGGUUUAUAAAGAAGAGUAAACAACAAUCUUUGGGGGUUUUACAUUUGGUAAGAAUGAAGAAUUGUUCAUGA